ACCGCAACACUAGCGUCUUGAACAAAGACUAAACCACAUCCUGCAGCCCAUGGAGUUUAGGAAUCGGUUUGUCCGCCAUGCAUCGUGACCGAUCUGACCACGGAGGAAGGACACAGGGCCGGCUAGCUUAGCUGCGGCUGUCUUCUCGGAUUUUUGAGGAUGUGGCAAGUUGAAUGAUUGGAAAGCAGUGCUCAGCAAUGCUACGCUACAAGGUCAUCACACUGGACAUCCACAACACGCUGAUGCGUGUCAACCAAUCCACGGGUCAGCAGUACAGCAGGGUGGCGCUACAGCACGGCGUGACUCUAGAUCCACACAUCCUUGACAAAGCAUUCCACAGUGCACUCGGGGAGCAGAGAGCAAAACAUCCAAACUAUGGAAUACAUGCAGGUAUGUCUUCCAGUGCUUGGUGGACUGAUGUGGUCAGGAAAACCUUCACCACCAGUGGCUAUUCCAACAGUGAAGUUGUGAGCAAGAUUGCCUCUACCCUCUAUGAGGAUUUCAAGAAACCCAUGACCUGGGACAUCUUCCCAGAGGUCAAAUCUACCCUGACCUCUCUGAACAGACUCGGAGUGUGUCUAGGUGUUAUCUCUAACUGUGAUGAGCGACUCAUGGAAGUCCUCCAAGCCACAAAUCUAGCCAGCCAUUUUGCCUUUAUCUUGCUGUCUGUCUACACGGAGCAUGAGAAGCCCAAACCAGAGAUGUUUCGGUUGGCUCUGGAUAGGUUAAGGGUCCAGCCUGAGGAAUGCCUACAUGUUGGGGAUAAUAUUCGGCAGGACUAUGAGGGCGCCAGAGCAAUCGGUAUGGAUGCCGUGGUUGUGGACAGAAACCAGUCAUUGGCCAAGACCCACCCUGAUAUUUCCUCGGAUCAUUUCAUUCCAGAUCUUACCAAAUUAGAAAUGCUGCUUCUAUAGUCUUCCUGUUCGUGACCAAAACAUUUUAAACAAACCAGACUACUCUUACCUUGUCAGACUGGACCUCACAGUUUCAGAUCAGUACUGAUCCAGUGACUCAGUCAAUCAGCCAGUGUCUCAGUCAACGACUCAUUCGGAGUGUCGGCAACUCAGUUCAUCACUCAGCCUGUCGGUCAGUCAGUCAGUCAGUCAGAGGACUACAGUAUAUGCUGGACCUUCAGGUCCAGCAAUAAUGACUUAAAUAAUGUAUUAUGUUGAUGUACUUGUAUUAAAUUUGUUAAAUUUAUGAUCCAGAGGAAACUCCACAUUUUAUCUGUGCAAAAUUAAGUCUCCCAACUGGAAUACCAUACAUGUAUAUCAGUACAUGCCUGGAAGGCGCCUGAUAUACUGUUUUUUGUGGGAGGGAUUGAUCCUGUCUGAAGUGGUCUGUUGGAACAUUUCUGAGCAUUUUCCAUGGCUCCCUUGCUGGUUGUUGUAAAAAGCGAGGAUGAGAGGCUGGUCAUUUGGUGUUUAGGGUGCUGUUCUUUAAACACACAUGUGUAGG